AUCCAAUCCAUUAUUAUUAUAUAAAGGAAAAAGGGUUCAUAUACUUUGAUUGUAGUUCAAAUAUGGGGACUGCAUAUCGGUGACUAGCAUGUGUGGGUUUCCUCCGGAUACUCCGGUUUCUUCCCGAAGUCCAGAAAGAUGGUUCAUAGGUUUAUUAGUGAAUCUAAGUUGCCCUUAGGUGUGCAGGUGUGUGUGUGAGUGGGGCCCAAAUGACAGUGGCGACAUGUUCCCAUGUUGCCCAACACUAGCUGAGUUGGCACCAGCAAACCCUGUAAACCCCAAAAGGGAUGGAUGGAUGGAUAGUAAUUCAACUAGAAACAAGCAUCAAUGCUAUUCCUCAGAAACAAACAAAGCAUGAGGGCUAAAGACACCAAAAACACAAUUUUAAUGCAGUGAACAAAUCUGUCCUUCCACUUCUUCCUUUCCUUAAUCACUCUUUUGGUAACAACAGGCUGCUGAGGAAGACUCAUUGAGUUCCUCGAAACCCCUUCAUCAGGAAUAAGCGGUGAUUCCUUCCCACCCAGCCAAGUCUCUCCCCCCACCCUCUCUUAACUGACCCUGACUGAGAAAACGCAUUCGAAGCGCUUCAGCGGUGUCUGUUCUUCCUGAAUCCAGCUCGGUGUUCCUCUCCCUUCCUCUGAGACUGGGGCGCGCGGAGGAAAACCCAGACACCCGUCCGCCCUUCCGUCCGUCCUCGCUCCGCUCCGGCGACAGAACAAGCGCGCCAGGUGUCAUGACGCACCGAAAAAAUUGGCACCUGCUCCAACUUCUUUCCUGGACUCGGGCAGCAUGCGCGCGCGCCGCCUGAGUCGACUUAUGCCACGGUGGCUCGAUCAAGCUGUUUCACACUUUGCGUCACCAGGACCGGAUUCCCAUCGCUGUCCUGUUGUCACCACCGAUGAUGUAAUUGUUUCCUUUGGAUGGAUCUGCGCUCUGCUGCCUCCUUCUGCGUCGCAUCUUUUAAAGUGAAAAGAGCCACCCUGCGCGCGCGCGCCUCCAGCCCCUUCAGCUCAUGCUUCUGUGUGUGGACUCUUCAGCUUUUAGGUGUUCCUCAACUUCAUCAACUUUUCUUGGAAGUGGCCGCUUUGCGCAAACGUGCGCUAAAGGUUAAUAGCGCACGCAUGAGAUGAGAGGAAACAUCAGUAUGUGGAGUUCUUCCUGAGGAUCGUGGAUGUAUGGAGAGGAGCAGCCCGAGGAUGACUGGAGGAUCCCGGGAGGCACCGGUUAACGUUUCUCCGGCGGUAGCAGCCAACGCGGAGGGCGAGGAAAUUGAGGUUUUGGAAAGUACAGAUGUCCUCCCCGUGGCUCCAGAGGAUGUUCAAUGGAAGACUCUGUUUGACAAGUACGAUCCGGAUAAUUCUGGCUUUAUCAGCACAGAGCGUUUCAAGGACUUGCUGGAAACCCACGGCUCUGAGCUUGACCCUCACAAACUGGAGGUCUUGCUGGCGCUUGCAGAUGGAAACGCAGAUGGAAAGAUCUGCUACCAGGACUUUGUCAAUCUGAUGAGCAACAAACGCUCCAACAGUUUCCGCAGGGCCAUUCUGCAGGGAAGCCGGCAGCUGAAAGGCUGCAGUCUCAGCGAUGAAGCGGGCUUGGGGCUGUCCCAGCGAUUAGUACGCCAUGUUGCUUAUGAAACAUUGCCCCGAGAGGUGGACCGCAAGUGGUACUUUGACAGCUACACGUACUGCCCCCCGCCCUGGUUCAUCCUGGCUAUCACCAUUGCAGAGGUAGCCGUGUUCAUUUAUUAUGGUUUCAAGCUGGAUCGAUUAGUCCUGCAGGUGUCCAGCCCGUCCUUCCUGAAGAGCCCCCUUCCUUAUCACCCGCAGCUACGAGCCCAGGCCUGGAGGUACUUCAGCUACAUCUUUAUGCAUACUGGUAUUGAACAUUUGAGCCUGAACAUGGCCAUGCAGCUCCUGGUGGGAGUCCCUCUGGAAAUGGUCCACGGUGCGCUGAGGAUUGGACUGGUCUACUUGUGUGGUGUGUUAGCAGGGUCUUUGGCAGUGUCUGUCACUGACAUGACAGCUCCCGUGGUCGGAUCAUCUGGGGGAGUUUAUGCCCUGGUGUCAGCACACUUGGCCAAUGUGGUGAUGAACUGGUCAGGAAUGAAGUGUCAGUUUAAGUUGUUUCGAAUGGCCAUGGCUCUGGUUUGCAUGAGCGUGGAGUUUGGUCGAGCUGUGUGGCUGCGGUUCUACCCCCCGGCCUUCCCGCCGUGCCCAAACCCCAGCUUUGUGGCGCACCUGGGAGGAGUGUUGGUUGGUCUGACACUUGGCGUGGUGGUGCUGCAGAACUAUGAGCAACGGCUCCAAGAACAGUCCCUAUUCUGGAUAUUUUUCUGUGUGUACACUCUGUUUGUGCUCUGUGCAGUAUUCUGGAACAUUUUUGCUUACAGCCUGCUUGAUGUACGGAUGCCCCCCUUACCGUGAGUCGGCUUUUGGAGGCAGCUAAGACAAAAUUCUGUCCUUGUUUUAGCCCGGAUGGGUAUUUGCUCGACCUUUUGGGGGCUUUGUCAUGUUUUUAACCUCAUAGUUUGAGAAACCCAUUUGACAACCAAUUUUCUCUCACCUGUUUCCACCCCUUACGUUAUCUGCUUUAUGUACAGCUACCUCCACACUAGUACGAUUCUGAAUUGAUGUAUUUAUUUAGUUUUAGCCAGGCAUCUUCUUAUUCCAGCAUUUUUCAAGCCUAUAUUUUUACACUUCUUUUGACUUUAUGAAUUUAACCAGUUAACAGUUUUGUCUCCAAAGCACAAAAGUUAAGCUUUAAAGCUAAUCCAAAUUAGAAACCUGUGAAAUUUGAACACAUGAAUAGCCUAUCUUAGCUUUCAGAAUCACAACUACUUUUUUGAUUCCCAAAGUUUCUUUUAUUUGAUCACCAAACAGCUUCACAAACACUGAAAACAGCUAGCUUUGAUAGUGGUGCUAUCAGCAACAAUAAAGACAGCGCUGCUGACAUUGCUGUUCUACAUGGCUGCAAAUAAGGAAGAUAAGAUCAGCAUUUAGUGAAAUAGUGCUAAUUCUUUGAAUUGAGCUAAACAUCAGCAGUGCUGUCAAGUACUGUAUAUUCAUUCAUCUAGAAUAGUGGGAGUAUUUGAUGGCACCCAUGGGGUACAUCAGAUUACAAAAACAAUUCAAUCUUAAGAUGUUCUAAUAUAUUUAAGUAUUGAUAUUUAAAUCAUAUUUUCUUACAUAAGUCCAAUAAUUGAUGGUAUUAGUAGACUAUUCAGUUAUUUGGAUUUAAAGUUUUGCCCAUAACAUCAUUUCUCCAGUUGUAUCCGUGCACAGUCAAGUCUUUUAUUCUUUGGUUGUAAGUUUUUCUGCUAUUUUUCACAGUUUGUGGAGUUUGAAAAAUUAUACAUAAAUAACUCAAGCAACAAAACAUCGCAGUAGUAGGUUUGAAAAAUGUCAUCUGGGCUUGGUUUUUAAAGUUGAAAACGUUUCACCUCUUAUUCUUGUCAAUUGAUAAGAAAUGUCCAGAUGACAUUUUUUAAACCUACUACUGUGAUGGAAAACCUGGAUGAAUGAGAGUCUUCACAGUCAAGCAACAAAACUAAAAAUUACACUAAAUUACAUUACUGUAUGAAACAUAAUGAGGUUAUUGGUUUUAGGCCACAAGAAAGAUGUUGUUGUGGUUUCUUAGUUGUCAGUCUGGUCAGAUCACAUCAGAUGUACUAGUGUGGACUUAGCUUCCGUGUCUGCUGAACUUCUUGUGGGCCUCUUGCCGACAAAAAGCCUCGGAUAUGAGCAACAGCAUUGCGAAACCUCUGCCUAGUGCUCUUUAACCCAAAGGUGCCUUCUCAUGAAGACAUCAGCCUUCUGAAGUGUUUUUGCACAUUCUGCCUCUUAUUUAGGGCAACAAUGAUAAAACCCUAUUGUGUAGGGUUUUAUCUGCAUUUCUUUACAGACAGAAAGAGAACUAUCGAGUGACCAUUUAGGCCGACAGGUUGAGUUGUUGAGAGCAAGGUUCAGAUUCAAACAAAACACACUUAUAUUGAGCAUUACAUAUAGGCUACAACCAUUUUCAGCAAUUAUUAUGCUUUUUAAUAUUUUAGCAAAAUAGGCUACUUCUCAGUAUUACUAAUAGCAUCAGCACUAUUUGAACCUCAGCUUGGUCUUUUUUAUGUGGAUGUGCAACAAGGGUGUCCCCAUGUAAAGAGAUUAGAAAAAACAAAAGUGCCAUUUAGACUUUUAAAAUGAUGCCAAAAGCUUGCAACAUUGCAAACACUGAAUCUCAAGUGAGUGAAAAGGCCGUUGUUUCAAGAAAUAAAAGUCUUAUUUUCUGUUUUGCAAGAAAGCAGACAGUCUUUCAAUGGAUAAAUAAUCUUAGUUUAGGAAAACUGGUCUGAGUGACCGUUUUUCCUAAUAUGAGAGUUCUUGGUAACACCGUUUUUCUUACCCGAUUGGGAGAUUUUUUUUUCCUGUGUGAAUAAUUUUUCUCAAAUUUUCUGAAAUGAUACUUUAUUUUUGAGGUGUACAAGCAACAGUAAAAAGCAUGUUAACAAGUAUUGCUACAGUGUGUGCAAAACUAAAUAUAACUGAUUUAGAGAGUCUCAUCAUAAACCAUUUUUAACCUCACCCUCCUUCAAACCAAACCAAUGGUUUUACUUCAUUUCUGGUGAUCCUGUGAAAAGCAAAUAAGCAAAUAAACAAACGGAUGUUUUAAUUGAUCUUGGGUAUCAGCUGGAAAGACGCAAAGGGGUUUUCUUUGUGACAGUCAGGUGCUCUGGCUGUGUCAUCAUACCAGCAUAGUAGAAAUUCAUACUAUUUUGAGGUGUAUGCCCACAGAUUAUUUUUGAUAUCACUUUGAUGUGAGAGGUAAAGUCAGAUAAAGACAGUUUUCGUUGCUGGUUCUUGAUAUCAGCAAUGUUUGAGCAAAAGUGGAGGUCUCUACUACAUUUUGAGGGUCAAAAGCUGAAGGUUUGGGAACCCCUAGCUUCAAACACGUAACCCAUUCACCAGUGGAAGAAAAGGGGGUCUUUUUGAGAGAAUUCUUUUUGUGGUGAGAAGCACAGAUGCCUGACAUGAACAACACAUUGCGUUGGGCUGUUUCAGUUUUGAAGGACAAUGGCACAAAGUUUGUGAUUUAUAAGAUCUGACUUCUUUUGUAAUUCUCCAGCUGUACUCUUCUCUGACCUCAUGUUACACUGAUAACUGCAUAGCACAACCCAAUGUAAUCUUCUGAUGCACAUAAAUACUUUAAAAUGAAAAAUCUUGAUUAUUUUUUUGUGGGUAUUAUAAUAUUUUGGGUGACUCGUAAUGUUGGUCUGCAUUGUGAUAUGUUAGCUAAAUCCUAUAUGUAUCCAAUUUAAUUAAUGUGUCAUUAUGGCCUGGAAUUGUAGAAGAUAAGGGCUACAACACCAACCAGAGUAAGUGGAAAAUUACUGAUAGUAUUUUAACAUUGUGCAUAUUUUGUAGAUUUGUUAUGUACAUACAAGUGGUUCAUUAAACCGUUUUAUAAGAAACUUAA